UGCAACACUCAACUACUAAGCUUCAUACUAACUGCUUCUUUUUGUUUGGAAAACGUCGGUCGCGUUCCGCUUAACAACAUAAAUAAAUACAAGGUGCUCGUGGUCGUCUUUCACACGGAUACGCUGCUGUCGAACUAAAAAAAAAAAUAAUUGUUUUUGCAAACUUUUUUCUUUUAUUAUCGUUAUUUUGUGCGCCUUUUGGCCCACGGCAACGGAUACUGUAAUUUUCUUGGCUUGGCUUGUACUUAAGCUGUUUAUAUUUUUGUUGUUGUUCCUGCUAUGUGGAGUAAAUUGUACUUUGUCAGCGUUAUAAAGCACGAUUUUCAAUUGUGACAGCGAUUUGCUAAAUUUCAAAAGGAAAACAGCAAAAACUUACAAAAAUACCAAUAAAAACAACAACAUUCAAACAAAGAAAAAAAGAAGAAAAUUAUAAAAAGCGAAAUUAAAUGUGCAAAGUUUUGUAAUACCAAGCGUAACAAAAAUUUUCUGUGCCCAUUUUUUUAUUUUUUGCAGUGUCACUGCUGUGUGUGUGAAAACAUUGUUGAACAUAAAAUAAUAACGCCAACGGCGGAACUGUGCCUACUUGCCUUGCAAAAAGCAUGUUGAGUGAUACUUAGGAUGUUGUCACUUUCUUGUUGUUGGAUUGUGAAUUGAUUGAUGCAUGAUUGAUUAAGUGUGCUGAAAAGUGUGGAAAUUAAUUUUUGUUUCAUAAACUAACUAGUCCUUUCAACGAACGCGUAUUACACACAUAAGACUACAACAACAACAGCGAAUUAAACAAUCUGUGGAUUAAAAAAUCAUCGCCAAAAUGAGAGGAAGUCUAGCAAUUUGCUACUUGCUACUUAUUGGCAUUUUAAAUGGUGUUACUACCGCGUCAACAAGUGAUUCCAAACCAACGGCAAGCAGUGUUGAACCAACCGCUGCGGCGACAUUGGUCGAACCCACUUCGCUCACAUCCACUUCGACACCCGCUGAGACAGCCAAAGAUAAACGUCAAGUCGGAGCUAAAGAUGAAGCUGUCUAUGCAAAUCAUCGCGCCGAUACAACCGACGCUGAUGAUCCGGAAAACCCGCAGGAAACUAUUUACGGCCCCAAACCAACACAAUUCCUCAUACGUCCCAUUGCACCACACGAGCAUCAGCAGCAUGAAGAUCAUCAGCCGCCACAGUUGCGUAACUAUCCGGCGACAAUAAGGCCACACAGCACACAAUUGCUGGAGCAAAGUCAAGAGAUCCAGCACUUUGCUUAUCUACAGGAUAUCAAUCGCAACCAGCCAAAGUCAACAGCCGGCGUUUCCGAGUUGACGGGCAAGCCACAUACUGCGCAACAACAGAAGAAAAGCGGCAAAUCGGGACGCGCCCAUGUGUCUCCUGCGCAGUACCGCGGUAAUGCCGAAGAAGCCGAGCAACGUUAUGCUGUUGCCAUACAACCACCCAACCCAACGUCGGCUCAAGCACCUCAUUAUGGCGCGCCGCCAUUACAGAUUGGUUCACGUUAUCAACUGCCAUUGCCGCUCCCACAGCAACAACAGCCAGGCGGACAGCAGCCCCAACCUUAUCAAAUAAUACCCGAAGAGGAAUUUCUAAAACUUUUGGAGGAGGAAUUGCGUGCUCGCGCGUUUCACGAAGCUCAGUAUCGACAACAACAACAACAGCAACAGAGUGGGGUAGGACCAGCUCCAUUGCCCAACAAACCGAUAUCACUGCCUAUACCCACUGAACGUGUUGGUCAGGGCUUAGGCAAUUAUCGUCAACAAGUACAUGUCCAGCAACAACAGUUGGCUGAGGAGCCAGCGCCGCAAUAUGUACAAUACGUGCCACGGCACCGCGGCGGCCCUAAAUACCUGCCCCAACCUCAACCUCAGCCACAACCGCAACCACAACAAAGUGAACCACAGAGUGUUGAGCCUGCAGCAGCAGUGGCACCACCACCACCACACAUACCGCCUCAAAUUGCAUACUAUCAACCACAAGUCAGCUACAAAACAUUGCCUAAUCAUCCGUUAGCAAAGUCUUCAUUGGAAAAUGAAAUCGAAAAACUGCUAGCAGCAAACAAACCUUCACCAACGCAAUUGGUGGACAAUUCCAACGAACCAUCUGGUGUGGUUAAUCAACACCAGCAGCCACCGCAACAACAACUACAGCCACACCCACUACCGCGGCCACGUCCAUAUGCAUUGGCACAGAAACUUUAUUCUCCUCCAAGUGGCUCGCCGCCCACCCCCACACCAUUGGUGGAUGCCAACAAUCAGCCGUUUAUACCAUCCUUGUUUAGAUUUAGCAACCUUCAACAGCCCACACCCAUUUACCCCACACAAGUGCCACAACACAUUGUUGAUUCCAAGAAACUGGGACCUGUCGUGUAUCCAGCAACGCAAGCACCCGUCACAUCACAGCAGCCACAGCCGACGCAAUAUUUCUACCAAGAAUUAAAUCCAACAACCAGGCCGAAAGCACAACGCUCCAAGCAAUAUGGUUCAAAGGUAUCUACGACCUCGCCGAAGCUGCGAGAAAAGGAACCGCCAAAUUAUCCAAACGUACCAGCAGCUGCCAAGUAUAUUAAUCCUCAUCUAUAUUACGACUAUGACCGUCAGCCCGCUGUACAGACUGCGCCUUCUCGAUUCCAUCCCAGCCCACCCGAUCCGAAUGCACCCACUGCCGAUCACACGCAAUCACAGCAACAGCCACAAAUACAAGCGCAUGCCCAACAAUACCAUACCGCCGCAACGCCUCCACAACAAACGCACACAAACCGCCAAUAUAUCUCGCCCGCCCCACCACCAUCACAAUCCAGUAUUUAUGUAUCACAAGGCACCGGCAUCGCUACGCCCUCACGCAGCACUGCCGUCAAAUCAAAAUCUAUCGAAGAUGUACGUCAACUACAUUUACCCCAGCCUGGUGGCAAACCACUCACACAAACCGAGUUCCAGGCAUUAAUCGAUGCUGGUUAUCCGGUGACCGCGGUGCCUGUACCCGUACCUGUACCGUAUGAACAGUAUAUCAAGGAACAUCCCGAAUUUCGCAAUCAACCGGUGGACUAUGCGCAGCUAAUGCAACACAUAGCGCAGCAAUAUGGACCACGUAGGGGUCUACAAGGUCAACCCUCUGAACCGACAGCGAACAUUGUGUCCGCUAUGUCCGAUGCACAAACGGCGACAGCUACAGGUGGUGGAAGCGUAACAUAUUUGCGGCCAAUAGCCGAACAAAAGAGACAUCCUCGCGACGAGAAGGAAACAGCGGUAGCUGGAAAACCAGAACAAGAAACCAAGCAAUAACGUGCGCACAAGUAAUCGUAGCUUUUAACUUUUUUUUCAUCUGGUUAAUUUUGUAUAGUCCCUAUUCAGUACGUUAAUGCGCCAAUGUAGCAAAGAAUUUUAAAUGAAUUUUUAAAAAUGUUCGUAUUGCAAGCAAAGGCGAAGUAGAUGGAGGCCAGUGAAGAUCGCUGUGAGUUGUGCGGAGAAAACGAAAGGAAGAAGACCAACCAGCUCACUCGCUAUCAACAGUUUUUGUACAUUUUUUACAAUUGUUUUAUACAAAUUAAGUUAAUGCAGUAUUUUUUUAUUUAAAAAAACAUUUAACUGGUCUGCAACCAAGAUUUAGAAAAUGUUCACUUUCAUUUAUCAAGCUUUGAUUGGCAUGUACUGCACGUUUAUUUAUAAUUAAUUAUGUAUUUGUAAUUCUUAACACUAUAGUUCUGUAGAAAAAAACGUAUAUUUCGAAAAACGAAACAAAACGGAGUUACGAAAAUCUAGGCAGCGAAACUAAAACUAAAAAAAAAUUAAUGAUUGUAGUGAAUUUAUAUAAAAUAUACAUACAUAUGUAUGUUGCAAUGUGUAUACGCACUGUAUAUGUACCAUUUCCAUUACAUUUUAUAAGUAGCCGAAAACUUCACCUGAAUAAUCAUUAUAUUUUAUGCAUAUACAUAUUUAAAAAAAAUGCUGCUAGAAAACUUUAACUCUAAACAUACUUUUGAUGUGUAAUUUUAGCAAAUUACUGUAUAUAAAAGUAAAAUGUAUGAUAUAUGUAAAA